UCCAUUCGUCGAGUGCUCCUCUUCACCGUCGAUUCCUCUUUAGCCUCCCUCUCUUGUCGUCGACUCCGCCGUCGCCGCCUCCCUCUCCUUCUCCGCCUCAGCCCGCCGCCGCCUUCCGGGACUCAGAUUUGUAGUUUCUCCUGCCGUGGCAACCAGUCCUACAAGGCCCCUGAACCACGACUCUCGACAGCUAAAGUGGAUCCUCGAUCACAAAGCAUCCUGGUGUAGCAACAGGCUGUGUGGUUCAAAUAUUCUGCUUGUGCAUUAAGAAGUUGGGACAAUUAUGGGGUUCUUAAAUCAGCAGCAUGGAGGCAAUACAGUGAUUGGAGAAUCCAAGUACUCUUCUACUGCACACUACAGAAGUGGUCUAGCAUGUAUGGUGAAUUCAGAAAUAGGUGCUGUUUUGGCUGUGAUGAGGAGAAAUGUAAGAUGGGGGAUUCGUUAUACAACAGAUGAUGAUCAGUUUGAGCAUUCUCUUAUCCAAUCUUUUAAGGAACUACGGAAGCAAAUUUUCUCAUGGCAAAAUCAGUGGCAUACUAUCAGCCCAGUCCUGUACCUGCAGCCUUUUCUGGAUGUUAUUAAAUCUGAUGAAACUGGUGCACCAAUCACUGGUGUUGCUCUUUCAUCAGUUUACAAAUUUUUAUCUCUUGAGAUACUUGACAUAGAUACUGUGAAUGUAGAUGAUGCUUUACAUCAGGUAGUAGAUGCUGUCACAAGCUGCCGGUUUGAGGUCACUGAUCCUGGCUCUGAAGAAGUGGUACUGAUGAAGAUACUUCAGGUUCUCCUGGCUUGCAUGAAAAAUAAGGCAUCAGUAAAAUUGAGUAACCAGCACGUGUGCAACAUAGUGAACACCUGUUUUCGUGUGGUCCAUCAAGCAAGCUCUAAAGGUGAAUUGUUACAAAGGAUAGCACGCCAUACUAUGCAUGAACUGGUCAGGUGCAUUUUUUCACACCUGCGUGAUAUUGCCAAUGUAAAACAUGCACCAUCCCAAGGAGGGAGAUCAUACACUAAGAAGGAGGUUAGUGCACUCGAUGAGGAUUGCUCUUUGGAAAGUAAACAACUAGAUAAUGGGUCUAUGGGUUUGGAAAAUAAUAGUCAACCACCUCCAGUUGAAGUUACUUCAAAUGAUUGCUCUGGUGUAUUGGUAGGCAAGAUGGAUGAAUGUAAAACUGAGGUUGGUCAGGAGGAGGAUGCUGAAAAUGGAGGGCAUGUUAUGAUGGAGCCUUAUGGGAUCCCGUGCAUGGUGGAGAUACUCCACUUCCUUUGUUCUCUUUUGAAUGUCAUGGAUCACGUUGAAAUUGGUUUGGGGCCAAAUCCUAUAGCAUAUGAUGAAGAUGUUCCUCUCUUUGCAUUGGGUCUAAUCAAUUCUGCCAUUGAAUUGGGUGGGGCAUCUAUUGGUGAUCACCCUAAGUUACUGUCCUUGAUACAGGAUGAACUGUUCCAUAAUCUGAUGCAGUUUGGGCUGUCUAUGAGUCCAUUGAUUCUUUCAACUGUGUGUAGCAUUGUCCAUAAUUUGUAUCAUCAUCUUCGUACCAAGCUGAAACUACAGCUCGAAGCCUUUUUCUCUUGUGUGCUCUUGAGGAUUGCAAAAGGCAAACAUGGAGCAUCAUACCAACAGCAGGAGGUUGCUAUGGAAACGCUUGUAGAUCUGUGCAGGCAGCAAGAAUUUGUGUCUGAGAUGUAUGCAAACUUUGACUGUGACAUAUCCUGCAGCAAUGUGUUUGAGGACCUUGCCAACCUAUUAUCCAAAAGUGCAUUUCCAGUGAAUGGCCCACUAUCUGCAAUGCAUACCCUUGCUUUGGAUGGUCUCAUUGCCAUGAUUCAAGGUAUGGCCAGCAGGGUUGGCAAUGUAUCUCUGCCUCCCGAACAAGCUUCAUUGGAUCUUGAGGAAUAUAAGCCAUUCUGGAUGGUCAAAUGUGAGAGCUAUAACAACUCUGGUCACUGGGUUGCAUUUCUCCGUAAGAUGAAGUACAUCAAGAGAAGGUUGAUGGUUGGAGCAGAUCACUUCAACCGGGAUCCAAAGAAGGGUCUAGAGUUCCUCCAAGGAAUACAUCUGUUGCCUGAUAAACUUGAUCCCAAAAGUGUAGCGUGCUUCUUCAGAUACACCACUGGGUUGGAUAAGAACCUUGUUGGAGAUUACCUGGGAAAUCAUGAUGAAUUCUGUAUUCAAGUGCUCCAUGAAUUUGCUAGGACAUUUGAUUUCCAGGACAUGACUUUGGAUACUGCAUUGCGUGUUUUUUUGGAAACUUUUCGGUUGCCUGGAGAGUCACAGAAGAUACAGCGGGUACUGGAGGCUUUUGCAGAAAGAUAUUAUGAGCAAUCUCCACACAUUCUGGCCAACAAAGAUGCUGCACUCUUGUUGUCAUAUUCACUCAUAUUGCUCAACACUGAUCAACACAAUGCACAGGUCAAGAAGAAGAUGACUGAAGAUGAUUUUAUCCGUAAUAAUCGAAGAAUAAAUGGAGGCAGUGAUCUCCCUCGAGAAUAUCUCUCCGAAUUGUAUCGCUCGAUCUGUGAGAAUGAGAUCCGGAUGACCCCAGAGGAAGGUGCUGGUUUUCCAGUUACGAUACCCAGCAAUUGGAUUAGUCUAAUGCACAAAAUGAAACAAGCUGCGCCUUUUGUCAUCUGUGCUUCCGGAGCACACCUUGACUAUGAUAUGUUUGCUAUCUUGUCAGGUCCCACAAUUGCUGCAAUCUCAGUGGUUUUUGAUAAUGUGGAGCAGGAAGACAUUUUGCAAUCAUGUAUUGAAGGAUUCUUGGCCAUUGCUAAGAUUGCGGCUUGUUAUCAUCUUGAUGAUGUUCUAAAUGAUCUGGUUGUGUCUCUUUGUAAGUUCACAACGCUCCUUCAUCCUUUACCGGCAGAAGAAACUCUCCUUGCUUUUGGGAAUGACAAUAAAGCUAGGAUGGCCACUGGCGCAGUUUUCGCCAUAGCAAAUAGAUAUGGUGAUUUCAUUCGUUCUGGUUGGAAAAACAUCUUGGAUUGCAUUUUAAGCUUGCACAAGUUGGGCUUUCUUCCCACUCGUCUGGUCAGUGAUGCAGCUGAUGAGUUGGAACCUUCUUCUGAGUUGGAGCGAGGGAGGCUGGCUACAAGUUCUGGGCCAGCAGCUCGCAUACUUUCAACUGCCCAUUCUCGGAAAUCAUCUGGUCUGAUGGGCCGCUUCAGCCAACUCUUGUAUCUUGAUUCAGAGGAACCUGCAUCACAACCAUCUGAAGAAGAACUCGCAGCUCAUCAGCGCAUUCUCCAAAUGAUUCAGGAUUGCCACAUUGACAGUAUUUUUGCUGAAAGCAAGUUUCUGCAAGCUGAAUCCCUAUUGCAGCUUUCACAGGCCCUUAUAUUGGCUGCAGGACGACGGCGUAAAGGGAAUAACUUCUUGGAAGAUGAAAACAUUGCAGUGUUUAGCUUGGAGUUACUUAUUGCAGUUGCGCUUAAUAACAGGGAUAGGAUUAUGCUUCUUUGGCAGGGGAUUUAUGAGCACAUAGCUAGUGUUGUCCAGUCAAUUGUAAUGCCUUGCGCUCUGGUUGAGAAGGCUGUAUUUGGGCUCCUUAGGAUAUGCCAGCGGCUACUUCCUUACAAGGAAGACCUGACUGAUGAGCUUCUAAAGUCGCUGCAACUUAUAUUGAAACUUGAUGCUCGGGUUGCCGAUGCAUAUUGCGAACACAUCACGCAGGAAGUUAUGCGCCUUGUGAAAGCAAAUGCAAUGCAGAUAAGAUCCCAUAUUGGAUGGCGUACCAUCACUUCCUUACUUUCUAUUACAGCCCGACAUCCGGAAGCAUCUGAAACAGGGUUUGAGACUUUAUCAUUUAUUAUGAGUGGUGGAGCUCACCUGUUGCCCGCUAAUUAUGUACUUUGUGUGAAUGCUGCUCGACAGUUUGCCGAAUCUCGAGUUGGACAUGUAGAAAGGUCUAUCAGAUCGUUAGAUCUGAUGGCAGGCUCUAUUGUCUGCCUGUCCAAAUGGUCUUGCAAGACGAAGGAAGCUUCUGGAGAGGAGGCUAUGAAAAUGUAUCAGGAUAUUGGGGAGAUGUGGCUGAGGCUGGUACAGGGACUGAAGAAAGUAUGUUUGGAUCAGAGAGAAGAAGUACGGAAUCAUGCUAUUUUGUCGUUGCAGCAGAGCUUUACAGCAAUAGACGGGAUUUAUCUUCCAAUUGAGUUGUGGUUCCAGUGUUUUGACCUAGUCAUAUUUGCAUUGCUUGAUGACUUGCUGGAGAUUGCACAGGAGAACUCUCCAAAGGACUACAGGAACAUGGAAGGGUCGCUUGCUUUAUCUAUCAAACUCCUGUUGAAAGUGUUCUUACAGUUUAUGCAUGAUCUGUAUCAGUCAGCAUCAUUCUGCAAGCUAUGGUUAGGGGUCCUUAAUCGUAUGGAGAAAUACAUGAAAGUGAAAUUCAGAGGGAAACGGGGUGAGAAGAUCCAUGAACUAGUCCCUGAGCUUCUCAAAAAUGCUCUGCUUGUUAUGAAGGCUAGGGGAAUUCUUGUGCCAAGUGAUGUUAGCGAGGAUAGUUUCUGGCAACUGACUUGGCUGCAUGUGAAGAAAAUAUCUGCAUCUUUGCAAGUAGAAGUCUUCCCUGGAAAUGAAUUAGAGCAGUUGCAGGUGAAACAGAUACAAACAGGGGGUACUCCUGUGUCCGAUGAGAACAUUGUUGUUCCAUCGGGGCAGACCACAGUCUGAAAGUAGUCCUCGUGUUAGAGAAAUUGCAACGUCAAAUUGCAUUAGGGGAACGUGAAUGGACUUUCAUUUGUUCUUUAUGCUGGGAGCCGAGACAAGCCAUUGGUUGAGAGACCUGAAAUGGGGUGGGUUUAUGGAAUAUUUAAACCACGAGAAGCCUAUUCAGAAUUUGUCAAAAGUUCAGCAACACACAUCCGGUAGAGAAGGGUAGCAAGAGUGCUUACUGGAAGUAUGGUGCUGUUAUGUGUUCACGACUUUUAAGCAGAUAAGCUUUUCUCCAUCCAAUCUCCAAUUCUUUUGGACGGCGUGGCACUCAUUAUUUGCUCUGUUAUUUCACAUAAUGGGAUGGCUCGCCAAAAUUUUGUUUUGGCAUGAAAAGAUCUAUACUCAAUUUAAGGUUACAAUUGAAUCAUUUUUCCUUUGUGUAUACAUAUCAAAUUAUAUUUUAAUAGCAUGUUAUAGUCGUUCAUCCAUGGACUACUUCCAAAGGGGAAAAUUUUGCUAACUUGUCACUGUAAUUGCUUCAUCUUUCCUUUAGUCAGGGUUCUGUUUGAUGUUUCCAUUAUGCAUU